AUGAAGUUUCUAAUUUUAGUCAUCAUUAUCAUCAUAUUUAUGACGGUGGAUUGUAGAAGUGCAAAAAAUUCAAUUGAAGAGGAAGAAGAACAUGAUCAGAAGCAAAAUUGGCAUCGGAUUCAUCAAGAUCAACAUCAGAAUCAUUGGGAUCACCAAGUACUUCGAACUAUAUUACACCAACAUCAAUAUCAACAAGAUCAUAAGAAUCUAGAACAUCUCAAUUCAGAAGAUCAGAGCGAAGAUCUAAGCCAAGAAUACGAAAACUUCUUCGAAGAUCUAGAAAUCGACUCAGCUGACAGUCAAGAAGAAACCAGUGAAGAACAAAACCUGGAAGUCGCCAAAGAAAUCGUGGAUAGCUUGGAAAACCUAGCCUACGAUGAAUUAUCAGCGGAAUUUCCGAUUUUAUUGAUUCCCGGGGUUCAGGGUGUAGUUCUAGGAAUGGUGAAUUUGUUAAUUGUGGAUAAUGUGUUGCCAGAAAUCGUAAGAGAGGGAAAAGAUUUUUUCGAUAUUUUGCGAAAUGUUAGGAAUACGAUUUAUGGGAUUGAUAUGGAUGAGGAAAAUGCUGAAAAAAAUGUCGCUACUUUUUCGAAAACCCAAGGAGCAUAUAAUGAAAUUGAUGAGAGAGUGUACGAUUACAAUGAGUCCGAUGCGGAAAGCGAAAGUUGCGGAAUGGCGGAUUCGUGA